AUGACAGCGGCGACUCGGCUCGGCGCCCUCCGCUCGGCGCCCUCCGCUCGGCGCCCUCCGCUCGCCGCCCUCCGCUCGCCGCCCUCCGCUCGCUCUGUGGACUUCUGCAGAGUGCUUUUCAGUCCGAGCCUUCGUCCCCCGGCGCUCCCAUUGUCCUCGGCUUCACCGCGACCCGCUGUUCCCGUCGGCUUGGGAACGCCGUCGGAGGCCGGAGCGAAGGCCGAAAAAAUUGGGAAUACGAGAGCGGCGCGGCGCACGGCUCGGCUGGAGGUGGAGGAAGCGGUAAGCAAACUCUCCUCAGACUAA